AUGACAGAAGUAGCUCCACCCCCGGCUAAAGCCGUGAAGAAGAAGGCGUCCAAGCCGAAAAAAGUGGGACCCACCGUCAGCGAGCUGAUCGUUAAAUCUGUGGCCGCUUCCAAGGAGCGAAGCGGCGUCUCUGCAGCCGCCCUCAAGAAGGCUCUGGCUGCCGGCGGCUACGACGUGGACAAGAACAAGGCCCGCGUCAAGACCGCUAUCAAGAGCCUGGUGACCAAGGGGACUUUGGUUCAGACCAAGGGAACCGGGGCCUCCGGAUCCUUCAAGAUCAACAAGAAGGCUGAAAGCAAGGCCAAGAAGCCCGUCAAGAAAGUUGCCACUAAAGCCAAGAAGCCCGCAGCGGCCGCUAAAAAGUCUCCCAAGAAAGCCAAGAAGCCCGCAGCAGCUGCUAAGAAAUCUCCCAAGAAAGUCAAGAAACCAGCAGCGGUAAAGAAAGCAGCCAAGAGCCCCAAGAAGGCCACAAAGAGUCCUAAGAAGGCUGCCAAGAGCCCCAAGAAGGUGGUCAAGAAGGCCCCUGCAGCCAAGAAGGCCCCCGCUAAGAAGGUAGCCAAGCCUAAAGUCAAGAAGGCAGCACCCAAGAAGAAGUGAGCUCCUGAAACAUCACGACUCCUCAAAGGCUGUUUUCAGAGCCACCCAUAACAACCCAUAAGAAAUCAUUCCUCUCAUCAGCUAAAGGAAAAACAACUAAAACUGGCUACAACUAGUCUCAUUAAACAAAAGAUACAAAUCAUUCCUCAAUCAUGAUUAUCGACAUCAUGAUUCAUUAAACAUAAAUUAUAAAC